UACUACAAAUAAAAGGCUUAUGCGCAUGGGCCACUUGUUUAGCAGUAAUUGCAACUUUGCGAAUUUGUGAUUGUCCUUUUAUGGUUAUUGACCAAUAAUUCCCAAGUUUUGCUGUAGAUUCUGUUUCUGCUUUCUGCUUUCUGCUGUUGUUGUUGUUUUCUCUCUAAGAUGCCUGUUAAUGUCAUAAUCCACGUCUCUUUGAUUUUUUUUGUUGUAUAUCUACUUGUUUCUUCUACUUCUAAUGCUGAAGGUUUUGAGAUCGAAAGCCAAGAUGUUAGAAGAUCUGAAUUCCCAGAUAACUUUCUCUUUGGUACAGCUGUUUCUUCAUACCAGGUUGAAGGAGGAUAUCUUGAAGAUGGAAAAGGCCUAAGCAACUGGGAUGUUUUCACUCAUAUUCCAGGAAACAUUAAAAACAAUGAGAAUGGAGAUGAUGCAGAUGAUGAUUACCAUCUGUUCUUGGUAGAUGCUGAGAUUGCACAAUCACUUGGGGUGAAUGCAUAUCGGUUUUCGAUUUCAUGGGCUAGAAUUCUACCUAGAGGAAGGUUUGGUGAAGUUAAUCCAGGUGGAAUCAAGUUCUAUAACAAAAUUAUAGACAACCUCUUGCUCAGGGGAAUUGAACCAUUUCUGACAAUACACCAUUUUGAUCUUCCACAAGAACUGGAGGAUAGAUAUGGGGCUUGGCUCAGUCCACUAAUGCAGGAUGAUUUUCUUCUUUUGGCCGAAACCUGUUUCAAGAGCUUUGGCGAUAGAGUUAAGUACUGGACAACUAUCAAUGAGCCUAAUAUGUUUGCAGAAAUGUCAUAUGUUAGGGGACUUUAUCCACCUGCUCAUUGUUCUCCACCUUUCGGAAAUUGUUCAGUUGGCAAUGCAGACAUUGAGCCUCUUAUAGUUGUUCACAACAUGUUAUUAGCCCAUGGCAAGGCUGUUAAGCUAUACCGAGAACGAUUUCAGUCAAAACAAGGUGGUUCGAUAGGAUUAGUUGUGCAUUUACAUAUGUAUGAACCACUAAGAGAUGUAGAAUCCGAUCGUCAAGCCGUGAAUCGGGCUCUGGCUUUUACAGGAGGCUGGGUUUUAGAUCCUCUGGUAUUUGGAGAUUAUCCUCCUGAAAUGCGCCAGUACCACAGGAGUGAACUGCCAAGAUUUUCCAGUGAAGAAACUGAGUAUAUGAGAGGCAGUAUUGAUUUUAUUGGCCUUAAUCAUUAUUCAACAUUAUAUGCCAAGGAUUGCAUCCAUUCUCCUUGCGUCUUAGGUGGAGACCAUUUCAUCAGAGGCUUUACAUUCACAACUGGAGAAAGAGAUGGCAUUCUAAUCGGUGAACCAACCGGUGUUGAAAGAUUUUAUGUUGUUCCGAGGGGCAUGGAGAAGAUUGUUGAUCAUGUUUCAAAAAGAUACAAUAACAUGCCCAUAUAUGUAACAGAGAAUGGAUAUUGUCCCCCACUGACUGAAGCCGCUCCAAAUUUGCUGCAUGAUGUCAACCGAAUCAAUUUCUACAAUGGUUAUCUUGCUGCUUUGUCCCGAGCAAUUAGGAAGGGUGCUGAUGUACGGGGAUACUUUGCAUGGAGCUUGAUGGAUAACUUUGAAUGGGCAGGAGGUUACAGUUCAACAUUCGGACUUUACUACGUUGAUCGUCUAACUAUGAACCGAACUCCCAAGCUUUCUGCUAAAUGGUUUCAACAUUUUCUUGCAAACAGAAGCAGUGCAAGAUUUAACAGACAAAGGUUCGUCAAUCGAACACCCAAAUCUGGACGUGUUCGAAAAAGCAAAUAUAUCGUAAUUGCUACAACUAAUGCUAAUGCAAGAGAUGUGUGAAUGAAUGAUCAUAUGGGUCCAACGUUUCAUUGUUAUUGUAUUGAUCUUACAAACUUUGAAGGUUCCAUCUUCAGUAUUUUAUGGAUCAACCAUUUAUAUUUUCAUAA